AUGACGCCCGUCGCCGCAUCAGCUCCAUCUCUCCCUUCCUUCAUCAAGAUGGAGGAUAGGAAGAGGGCAGCUGGUCAGAGUACUGAUGAUCUUGCACCGCCUACUAAGAGACAAGCCAUGAAUGGUGCUGGUAAGGCCUCUGCUGAUUCCGAAAACACCGCGCCGUGGUCUGAAGAUAUUGAGAAAUACCAAAAAGAUGCGAUCUACCGACAAAUGCUCGAGUACAAACGAGAAAAGGCAACCUUAGAGUCGCAAUUAAAAAAUAUACAAAAGAAAUCCACAGAUCAUGACGACCAUUUGAGAAUUAUUGAUGCUUGGUGGACACAGUUAUUAGAAGAAGUGACACUCCUCGCGGAAAAUGAUAUUCCAAACGCAGAAAAGCCAGAAGUAUCAUUCUCGACUUCUCUACAAUUUCAUGGUAUCAAGGGAUUCUCCGAUCAUUUGGCCUCCAAAGGCAUAGAAAUAAAGUCGAAAUUGCAUACAAUUUUUACCAAUGUUGCUGCAGCCCGUGGCAAACCCUCGGCGGAUUUAAAAGAUCUCCAAGCAAAGGUUACAAAAAUGCUGGCUUCCCAGAAAGAUUACCUUGUGACAGUUGAGAGGCUACGCAAUGAAAAAGAAGAAUUAAAUGAGCGUCUCGAAUCAGCCUCACUACGUUACAUCAAGGCCGAAAAGCGUCUAGAUAGGUUGAGGAGCGAUGCAGUGCGUAAGGAAGAGGCGAAAGCAUUAUACCAUAGUACUGCUAAUGGCGUUAGAGCAGAAAAUGGCACGGACACCGAAAUGACAAAUGGCAUAGCUGAAGACAAGGAAGCAAACCAGUCGGCAUACAAAGAAGCACAAGCAGUUGUUGAGAAGCAAAAAGAACAACUAGAGGCAAUGGCUGCGGAAAAUAAAUCACUAACAGAACAGAUCACUUCAGCCAGUAUCAAACAGGCACCCUCAGAUGACGAUUAUGCUCGAACUGAGCUUUUCAAGCAAUUUCGUAUUCAACACGAAGAUGUCAUCAAACGUAUCAAUCAUCUUGAAACCACCAAUAUACAAUUGCGAGAGGAGGCGGAAAAACUACAAGCCGAACGAACCGCAUAUCGUAUUCAGAUAGAGAAUGAAGCAGAGACGGCUACUGGCGAACUAGAAAGUCAACUUCAGCGUCUUGAUGCUGAUUUGACGAGGAUCCGCUCUGCCCGAGAUGAAUUGCUUGCUGAUCUUAGCUUGCGAAAGGCUACACAGGAUCAGGAUCACGCAGCUGUUGAACAUCUGAAAGAAUUGGUUGGAGCCAAGGAUGAUCGCAUCACAUCUCUUGAACUUGAAGUCGAACGCCUAAGACAGAUUGCCGAGCAAUCGUGCCAACCAACGCCGGGACCCGAGACAGAUUCUUUGAAUCUCGAAGAAUUGCGUGUCAAGUACGAUCUCCUUCAACAAGGUUAUGACUCGAUCAACAAAGAACUACCUGCCCUUCAAACUGCCUACAAGCGAGUCCAGGCCCUAACAAGCAAGAAAGUAAUGGACUUCACGGCUCUCGAAGAAAAGGUCUCGGUUUUAGCGGCCGAAAAGAGCAAGGCUGAUCAGAAAUAUUUUGCGGCUCGAAAGGAUAUGGAUACUCGUCUCACGGAAGUUCGGUCCUUGAAGAUUCAAAACGCCAAAAGCUCCGAGAUAAUAUCCCAACUCAAGGAUGUGGAGACAUCGGACCGGUCCUUAUUAAGCAACAUGGAGAAGCAAUUGAGCGAUAUGAGACAGUCAAAUACCUCUAUCAUGUCGGAGAACAAGAAGCUGGAGAUAUCGAGUAGAGAGGCCACAAGCAAAUGUGAAAGCCUGAAAAAUCAAGCGGCAGAAUUGACCAACCUUCUGAAAUCAAAGGAUUCCGCAAACUCGGGUACCAAACAGAAAUUUCACGCCGCGGAGUUGGAGAAUGAGCAACUUCGGGUCCGAUGUGAGCAGGCACAAAAGGAUCGAGACACGUGGAAACAAAAGAGUUUGAGCAAUCAGUCGGGCGAGGAGGAAAUGCUCAGAACUCUUGCACUAUGUACUGUUUGCCGCGCAAACUUCAAGAACACUGUUUUAAAGACAUGCGGACAUCUUUUUUGCAACCAAUGCGUGGAUGACCGAAUUGCGAACCGCAUGAGAAAGUGCCCCAAUUGCGCUAAACCUUUCGACAAAAUGGAUGUCAUGACCGCUCAUAUGUAA